AUUGCAGGGAUUGUCAGGAUAGCGGUGGGUAUUGUGGAUUCGAGGGCGGGUCUGUCAAUAAAUUCAAGUGUUUCUGCAAAGAUCGACCCCAUUCGCGGAGCUGCAAGAACAUCUCAUAAGUUUAGAAGACUAUGAUGGUUGUCGAAUCUUUCACCGACCAAUGUCGAGAUGAGGUUCACAUUUAACAGGACCACAAAGAUACAGUUGGUGACUAGUCAAGCAAAUGCAGAGCUGAGAUAAUAUUAGUAUCAUAUAUUCCAGUUUCCAGUUAGUUGCAUUUUUAUUCUGCAGCUACACAUUCUUGAUGGAUACUACUUUCAUUUUUGCUUUCGUUUUGUCCAUCAAUCUCACUAUCUUUAGCUCAGCUAAACCAACAAACAAUUCCAGGCCUGUCUGUCCAAACUCUUUCAGCUGCCAAAGUUUUAGCAACUUAUCUUUCCCUUUUUACAUCGAAUCCACGGGUCGAAGAUGUGGAUUAUUGAAGUUGAAAUGCAAUCAAACAGUUCCAAAAUUACAACUAGCAGGUCAAUUGUAUGAUGUUAAAGGCCUGAAUCAGACUACUCAGGAGAUUCUAGUUCAUGGCCAAGCACUUCAGAAUCUCCUUGAUCAAGAAGACUGUGCUUCCUUUAGUAGCAUAUAUCUUCCAAAUUCUCCUUCAAUAUACUUUGAAUCAAACAACAUCACUUUAUUUAAAUGCCCUGAAAAUUCAAAGUAUACUUUCCACAAUUACAGCGUUCAGAAGUGCAAUGGUUCCAAUAUCUACUAUAAAAAUCCUUUUCUUCACGGUACUAAAAUCCCAGAUGAUCUUCAAUAUAGCUGCUCAGUUAUUAAACUUCCGGUAUCAAGAUUGGGGAACACUAGGACUACUCAGUUGUUUAAGCUGUUAACUGCUGACUUCACUCUUAAGUUUCGAGUCUCUCCUGAAUGUUUAAAUUGUCACUCCAGGGGUGGCCAAUGUGUAACUUAUGGAAACUAUUGUAUAAACGCCAAAGAAAGGGACACAGAUAACAGUACUAGGAAGGCGGUGCUACUUGGAACAGCUGUACCUGGAGCCUGCAUAAUAGUAAUCUUGGGCGCCUUCUUUAUCUUCUGGAGGUGUAAGCAAUUGAAGCGUCGUAAAGUUGAGAGGGACACUUCUGAUGACAUUGAAGAUGGCACUUCUUUUUUUGGGGUCCCUUUCUUCUCCUACAAAGAGCUAGAGGAGGCAACACAUCAUUUUGAUCCGGCCAAAGAACUCGGGGAUGGAGGCUUUGGAACCGUCUACUAUGGAAAACUGAGGGAUGGCAGAGAAGUAGCCGUGAAGCGAUGCUACGAGAACAAUUACAGGCGUGUGGAGCAGUUCAUGAAUGAAAUCCACAUCCUCACCCUCCUACGCCACCGCAACCUGGUCUUACUAUACGGAAGCACUUCACACCAAAGCCGUGAUCUCCUACUUGUAUACGAAUACAUUUCCAAUGGCACGCUUGCUGAUCACAUCCACGGAGACAAAUCAAAGACUGAGCCUCUGACAUGGCCUGUUCGAAUGAAAAUAGCCAUUGAAAUUGCUAGCGCAUUGUCCUACCUCCACAAAUCAGACAUCAUCCACCGCGAUGUCAAGACAAACAACAUCCUCCUCGACACCAAUUUCUGUGUCAAAGUAGCCGAUUUUGGGCUCUCCAGGCUGUUCCCUACUGAUGUCACUCACGUCUCAACGGCUCCCCAAGGCACCCCUGGCUACGUCGAUCCAGAGUACCAUCAAUGCUACCAGCUAACCGACAAGAGUGAUGUUUAUAGCUUCGGAGUAGUCCUCGUGGAGCUGAUCUCAUCACUGCCUGCAGUGGACAUAAACAGGCAGAGAAACGAGAUCAACCUGGCUAAUUUAGCCAUUGACAGGAUUCAGAAAUGUGCGGUCCACGAGCUGAUCGAUCCGUCCCUAGGCCAGGAUGAUAGCACUGAAAAUAUGACCACCUCAGUAGCGGAAUUGGCAUUCAGGUGUCUGCAGCUUGACAAGGACUUGAGGCCAACAAUGGAUGAAGUCUUGAAAUGUUUGGAGCUGAUUCAGGAUAUGCAUUCGUCGAAAACGGCAUUGCCCCCUCCUUCUCCUGAAAUGGAAGAUGUGGUAUUGUUAAAGAAAAAUUUUAAGCUUAUGGAUUCUCCAGUAAGUGUUGCUGAGAAAUGGAUCAGUACAUCAACCACACCUAGUAGCAGCAAGUGAGAAAUACAUUUUUUUUCCUGUUAGUUUGGUUGUAAUGGCUCUGAGAUUCAUGUAUAUACAUAAUGCAUUAUAUAGUGACAAGUACAGAGGGCAACAAAAUAGUUGGCCUGAGAUGAACAGCACAGAAAUUGAGUAGAUUCUUGAGAAUGGAGGUGAAUAUAUGUUGUGUUUGGUUAGAUAAAAUGAAAAUAGAGGGAAUGCAAUGAGAUUUGAACCAUAAUUUAAUUGAAUGUGUAAUAUUAUCAUUUUUUC